AUGAGGAUUCGGCUCAACCAUAAGUAUUCGCGUGCACCCGUGGAGUCUCUCAUUAGACAAUUAGGAAAAAAUCGGUGGUGGGGCGACGCGUUGUUCGCGCAUCGUAUGCGUUUGCUGCCACAGUCACUAGCAGCGGCACUCUAUCGCCAUCCGGUGCCUUAUGCCGCUAUGAGUCGUAGAACGAGUUCAGGAUUGGCAAUGGAGGAACCAUCGUUUCGUCCUAAAAAGGUCCUCAUCUUGAGUAAAAUUACACGAUACGAAUUCGAGAAACGAUUGAAACGACGUGGAUCGGAUUAUAAUCAAUUAAUAAGGAAGCAUCAAAUUCAUCAAGCGUAUCUGCAAACAAUCCAGUCAGAGCUUGAGCGAGCUGGUGUGGAAUCUAGAGUUGUUCAAAGAUUCGACUACACAGAAGAAGCCAUCAAAUGGGCAGACGCUGUGAUGACCGCUGGUGGUGAUGGAACGUUUUUGCUUGCUGCAUCACGCAUUCAUCAGAGAGAUAAACCUGUCAUAGGCGUCAACACCGAUCCUCAAGGAUCAGAAGGAUAUAUGUGCCUAAUGCGAAAAUUACCUAAGGAACAUUUUCGAUCGGCUCUGCAGCGAUUGCUCGACGGGGAUUUCCAGUGGCUUUAUCGUCAGCGUCUUCGAAUAACUCUGAGUGGAGAUAGACAAGCUGGUGUCGGCGAUUCAAUUGAACUUCACGAUCAACAAUUGAAUCGCAUGCCGGCCACCACGCGAUGGAUGGACAGUCACAUAACAGCAUCGUCUUCGAUAACCGCAUGCAUCAAGCGCGAUCUGCCAGGAGAACGUCAUGCGUUUGUAAGUACACCAUGUGAACAUGGAAAGGAGUGCGGUGAUUCUAGAACUAAGAUCACUUCGGCCAAGAUCGGGACAGGAUCAACAUCGUGGUAUUUCAAUAUCAACAAAUUAACUGAACAGUGCGUGUCCGAAUUGCUAAGGAUAACCUCACAGCAAUGCAAUGUAAGUCUUGGUUUAGGGACGAAAACCGAA